AUGGUAGUGGCAGUGCCCCUUCUGAACGUACGAGGCUAUGGGAGAAAACGGAAGGGGACUCCUGUCAAAGUAUUUGUACCUGACUCUGGGGAAGGAACAGGACAAGGAAAAGGAGCUGCAAACAUAGUGACAACAGUGGAAACAAAUGACACACUUCCUCACAAACUCCAUAAAGUCUCCCAUGUGUCCAAGGCCAGUUCUUAUGCUCCAUUCCCCGCUCAUGCUCUUCCAGAAACAUUACAGACCCUCCACGAGGCGUCAAGACACGCCUCUCCUCCUGCACCCAACUGUCGCAUCCGAGAGGUCCACUGUGGCAAUCAAGUGACCCUUGUGGUCAUCGCAAUUCGAGACAUCACCAAGGGAGAGGAGAUCACUGUGGAUUACAGCUUGAUUGAAUGGGGAGAAAAUCUGGAAUUCAGAAGAGGUCUAUCCCCUGGACAACUUGAAAGCUCUUCUGGGCCAGACAACAACACAAUUAAAAAGGAGGACGAGCCACUUCCUUUAACCGUGCAACAGCAGGAGCAGGUCUAUGUUUCUUCCUCAUGGACCUCUUCAGCCGCACACUCUAAUGACAGCGUCUCAGAGCGAGAGGAAAACAACCCUAGCCCACGAGGACCCCUGCUUCAAAAGAAGCCUGGGAGCACACCUCCAAAGAAAAAGAGUUGCCAUCGGACACCACCAGGCCGCACUCACCUAAGUCAGUGCAUUUCUUCAUCGGAUGCACCUCCGCAGCAGCAGCCCUCAUCUCCAUGUAAAUCAGCGUUUAAGGCCCCAGAUAUCCUCAGCGGCAGGAACUGUGUCACUCAAACCUGCUUCUAUUGUGGACGUCAUUUUCGAUCACUGCGCCACCACUUGGACAAGCACCACGCCCAUCAGCCAGACGUAUGCGCUGCCUUGGUGGAGCGUUUUUCACAGAUGCCUUGCUUACAAGCCCAGAGCCCCCACCCCGGUGAUAAUCCUACCAAUCCACAGGCCCAUGCAAAGUUGACCAGAGUCCAGGACCUUUCCCCACAUUCAACAGAUCUAACCACGGCCAAUCACCCGCCUCUUGACUCCCUUUCUUCAUCACAAAGUGCAGUAAUUGUUCGUGUUAUUGACCAGAACCCGCCGCCAACAGCUGUGGAAGGCCUAACUAAGGGGGGUAAGAAGAGGUCAAAGACUGUCCUGCAGAACGAAGAGGAGGAGCCUGUGAGAUCAGGACUGAAAGCGGACAACGAUGAGAAUGUAUGUGUUGAGAAUUCCUCGGGUGACGCGACGGAGCCAAUGAAAUUAAAACUGGAAGAUACUUUCGACAGUGAUGCUGAAAACGACAUAAGAGAAGUGGAAUGUGACAGUGGCACUGAAGAUAAAGAAAAGAUGUCAAGCUCCUCUGGACGUGUUCAAAUGCUGCCUCUCCUCUCCACCCUCGGGUCUCUCGUCCUCUACUUACGUCGUUUGCAGCACUCAGCGUUCCUGUCUCUGUCGCGCCAGCCUCAGUCAGCGGAGGCCUGGAGACUCCUGUGCCACUCCAGCCUGGUUCUGCUCAUACUGUACAACCGGCGCCGCGAGUGUGAGGUGUCCAAGCUCUCCAUCUCAGAAUACCAGGCGCGUGUCACUCCCCAGAACCCCGUCCCAGUCCCCCCCGGUGCACCCCCUGCUCUCACCCCCCUGGAAGCUUCUCUGUCACCUUUCGAGCGACUGGUGUUGACCCAUCUUCCACGAGUAGGGGUGCAGGGAAAACGUGGCCGAGUUCAGCCUCUUAUACUGCCUCCUCAUAGCGAGCCCUGCCUGGAGCUCCUCUUACAGACUCGCCACGGCGUAGGUGUGGACCCCGCUAAUCCCUAUGUGUUUGCCCGGCCGUACCACUCCCCUGCAACCCCCCUCCGCGGCACUGAACUUCUGCGCAGCCUGGCACGGUCCAGCGGGAUGCCAAACCCGCGCACGCUGACACAUACACGAGUGCGCAGGCAGGUAGGCAUCCUCACCCAGCUGCUGCUCCUGGGAGAGGGAGAGGCCAGCGUUGUGGAAAGGCUGGAGUGCUUCCUGGAGCGAGAGUACCACGUCACGCAGAGCUGUGUGGACAUCACCCAGGACGCUGGGCUGAUGGCCCGAGUAGGCCGCGUGGUGCUGUGUGGAGAGCGUGAUGGAGUUCUCUUCAGAGGGAUGAGUCUGCAUCACAUCUGCCUAGAGCUGGAUGUAAUGUCCCAGAACUCUGCUGACUCAAAUUCAGAGAGAGAGUCAGAUGGAGAAACGGCUGCUUCAAAUCUGCCAAACGUCAAGAAGACGAAAGGAAAAGUACGACCAAAAAGGCCUAAGGACACCAAGCCUCUUCUCCCUUUGUCACCUUCACUCAUCCCUCUUUCACCUGGGAGUCGAAGAGGCACAGGAAAACGGGGCGUUCUGAAGCGCCCCUGGUCUGAGGCUGAGCGUGCGGCGGUGGAGGAGCAUCUGAACCAAAACAUAAGUGAACUUAGAGUUCCAGCUAAAGCCGAGUGUGAGCGAUGCCUGCAAAAUAGUCCACUGCUGGUCAACAACCACCGCGACUGGAGAGCCAUCAAGUUCUACUGCCACAACCGCAUCCAGCUGCUCAAGAAGCUUCAGAGACAAGAGAGCCAGCCCCUUCCAGUCUGCUGA